AUGAAAGGUAUUGUUCUCAGCUCAGUAUCAGAAUUCGGCAUCACGGACGUGCCAUCCAAGGACACCAAAAAUGAAAGAAAACUGUCAGAAUCUAGUGCGUCUACACUGUCGUCCCUGGAGAAAUGUAGCACACAGUUCAGCUACCUUGAAGAUGAUGCAUCAGUCCACGAGAGGGACAGUAAUGGUACGUUUUGAAAACUGUGCAGAGCCCUAGACGUAAUCCAUUUAAAUGCUCUGUAUACACACACACACACAUACACAUAUACUCACGAGGAAGGCAUUGAGAUGGUGAGAGGGAUCAUGAAAGAUGACAUUUUAUAAGCAAAGCUGCCACUGCUUACUGGGAGAGGUGAGGCAACUGCAACGUCAGGGCUGCGUGGAGGCAAUGCAGUGCUUCUGCUGGGGUGCUGGGCAGCCCUGACCUCACUGCUACCUUUCCCCUUUCUGCCAGGAGCCUAUUGCUGCAGCUUUGUCCCAAUAAUAGAUCCACUCUUUCCACCAUUAGAAAGUGUGAGGCAGCCACCUUAGGUGGCAAGUGCUUAGGGAACAUGUGUGUGUGUGUGUGUGUGUGUGUGUGAGAGAGAGAGAGAGAGAGAGAGAGAGAGAGAGGCUUUCCAUCUGCUGCUCGCCAACACAUGAAGACCUCAAGGCCAAAUUGGUUUCCACCCCUUCUUAAGACGUUAUCAUCCUAUCUCCCGGCAUCUCCAUUGUGAAAAGAAAAGUGGUACUAUUCUGAGUUGGGGCUCCAUCUGCCUUCCUCUGCUCCUGGCUGGCCCUACAUUUCUGGUUCCUGAGGCUACAUUUCCCCACCAGGUUCUUCUUCACGGUAUGGAGGACCUUAAGGUCCACAAAUAACAACACUUUGGAGGUCCCUAGCCACAAGGUGGUUAGAUUGGUCUCAACUAGGGCCAGGGCCUUUUCAGUACCGGCCCCGACUUGGUGGAACGCUCUGUCACAGGAGACCAGGGCCCUGCGGGAUUUGACAUCUUUCCACAGGGUCUACAAGGUGGAGCUGUUCCGCCAAGCCUUUGGUUUGGACUCAGUCUGAUCCUUAUGUUUCCCUCCCCUUACGGUUUCGAUUUAUGGGAUACUACUAAAAAGAGGCUGCAUUUUAAAUUGUAUUUUAACCUGUAUUUUUAACCCGUAAUUUAAUUAACUGUUUUUCUUUUUCUUUUACGUUUUAUUGUAAUUUUAUUGGUGUUAGACGCCCUGAGCCCGGUUCUGGCCAGCGAGGGCAGGGUAUAAAUAAAUAAAAAUGAUAAUUAUUAUUAUUCCCCACGUUGUGUGGGAACAUUGGGUUUCCAUAUUUUUGCUCAGCCGCAAGAAUUGUGCUGCCAUUCUCUGGUGAGUGAGUGAUGAGCUCAGCCUUGCUCAUAACUCUGGAGCUGGAGUCCCUGCCCAUGGUUACAAAAUGUUCUCUGCACCAUUUCCACCUUCAACAAGCCUGCCACCAGGUGUAGCAAUGAGGCAGGAGGAAAAGGUUGAGUUUAUACCCCAUCCAUUUAUACCCUGCCCAUCUGGCUGGGUUUCCCCAGCCACUCUGGGCGGCUGCCAACAGAACAUUAAAAACACGAUAAAACACCAGACAUUAAAAACUCCCCUAAACAGGGUUGCCUUCAGAUGUCUUCUAAAAGUCAGAUAGUUGUUUAUUUCCUUGGCAUCUGAUGGGAGGGAGUUCCACAGGGAGGGCGCCACUACUGAGAAGGCCCUCUGCCUGGUUGCCUGUAACCUCACUUCUCACAGUGAGGGAACUGCCAGAAGGCCCUUGGAGCUGGACCUCGGUGUCUGGGCUGAACGAUGGGGGUGGAGAUGCUCCUUCAGGUAUACUGGGCCGAGGCUGUUUAGGGCUUUAAAGGUCAGCACCAACACUUCAAAUUGUGCUCAGAAACUUAUUAAGACUGAUUUAACAGUUAAAAAAUAUAUCAACAAAAACAUCCAGUAUUUCACUGUAUUUACUGUUGGCCAUUACCAUGUGAUCUGUGUCUCAAUGGGUAUUGGAUUGCUCCAUGAUGUGGCAUCAAUCCUGACAGCUUUGUUCCUAACUUUCCAUCUGACUUUCACUUUUUACCCAUACCCCGAGUGGCCACCCAAAAUUAUGUAAACCCUUGUCUGGACCCCAGAAGUCCUCUGCCAGUCAGUGUAGGCAAUACCGAGGUAAAUGGAUCCAUGGCCUCACUCAGCUUAAGGCAGCUCCCUGUGUUUCUGACACCUACCGUAUUUCCGCGAAUCCAAUGUGCCAUCGAAUCUAAUGCGCACCUCAAUUUUCAAAGCCUUUAAACCAAAAAAGUAUUUGCUAUGCCAGCAGUGUUUUUCAAGCUUGCAAUCGAAUCUAAUGUGCCAUCACAUCUAAUUCUGCACCCUGAUUUUCACGAUCUAAUUUGGCCCCCCAAAAGGUGCACAUCACAUUUGAGUAAAUAGGGUAUAAAGAUCAAGUCUGUUAUGCUAUGGAAGCCCAGUGCUCCUUAGCUCCUGCAGAGUGGUGUGCCUUUGUUUAUACUGCCUCUAAUUCCUUAAUUUUAAACAUUCACAGUCCAGAGGCAUAAAAUGCCCCAGUAUAACAUCUGGGAUGUGUUUGGCCCUUGGAUGAAAAGUUGCUGAUGUUGCAAUUUAUAAAGCAGCCUUGGAAGGGAUUGCCAUCAAAUAGAUGGAUCUUGUCACAUCUAUCAUAUUAAUGAUCCUUGAACGAAGAAGUACUAAGUACAGAUCAGCACAAUAAACCACAAUGCUCCAAAGCAACCAUUAGGGUCGCAUCUAUUUUAUGACUGAUCUCUCGCAAUAAUUGGAAUUCUCCUAUCUCCCGUAACAGGAAAACAUUUAACCGUUGUGGCAACUAUUAAGGGAACGGGCUCAGCAAAUGUAGAUGCCCUCUACCAAACAUAGCCUCGUGGACCGCUUAAUUUAAACCACAGCAAAGAUAAUUAUCAACAUGUUCAGCUUAUCAAACGUGGAUCUCUGGCUAAAACAUGUUGCCUCUGAAUGCUUGCAGCAAUUCACACAUACCUGAAAGCACCUAUCGAUUUCCAAAGAGAGCUUGUGCACACACUUCGAGCACUGAUACGUUGCAAGGAGUGGGGGCUUAGAGCCUUCUCUGCCUUUCACUUUAACUUAAAUUGAAGGGACAACUCCGUACACACAAAUGGACAUGCAUCUUUACCGCUGAAUAACAAUGACUAGUGAAAUCCGCUUAUACAGAAGCACUAGGAAAGCACCAAAGUGUGUGCAUGUGUAAGUAACUCUAGAUCAGGAGAAUUAUAUAAGGCUCUCAGUCGCAUUCAGCUGCUCUCACUUUCAGUUGCAAGUGGGGUGGAAAUCAUUAACCAUAGGCAUGUGACAAAUCGAUCAGGAGGCAGAUUUAGCCUACCUUUAAUGAAACAUGGGGAUAAAUGAUAAUUAUCUUGAGAUAAAACAUUACCUCGGGGUUAAACCUUUCAAAAUUGCAAUGCAUGCAGAAGAAGAAGAAGAAGAAAAACUUAAAUCUUUGUUUUAGAGACAGUCACUAAAAUGCAAUUGAUGCACAACACAAGCACCGAAAUAGUUCAUUUUUGUUGAAGUCGGGCACAUAGCCCAGUGCUACAAUUGGAAGCUAGAAGGCAAGUCACUUUUCAGCCCAGCAACAUCACUGGAAAAAUCCUACAUCAGUGUUGUACGUUUGGAUCAGGUUACAUAGCAGCACAAAUCAAGCAUGGAUUGACAGCCAGGAGCCACCGAGAGCAUGGAAAUGUAGGGUGAAGUCAGACCAGCAGCAUUAUUAAAUAUAGUUCUUUUUGCAAUAAUUAAUCUACCAAUGGAGAGGUGAGGUCAUUGUUCUUAUUGAGAUAAAUGCAAUAACGUCUUCCCUUCUUUGCGAGCAGUCUGGAAAGCAGAAGAGAAAACAGAAGGGUUGCAUCUGCGUUGCUGUAAUUUGUGGCUAAUUUAUUUUCAAAUAUAUAUAAACGAAUGCAUAGAAAUGAAUGCUUAAUUGCUAAUAUCUAUUAUUUAUUAUACAUCACCCUCUUAAAAUGAGGGGAAGGGGGAAGCAAAAAGGCUCAUACAUGCAGAUUUUGCAAAAUAUGUUCUCUCCAUUAGCACAGUUUCAUGGCGUGUGCUCUGAUGGGGAUUUAAAAGCAUCUUUAGUGUACGGCACGGUCUAUGUGCUAAAACAUUACUUUAUUAUUAAAAUGUUGUGCUUUUUGUGUGGUACUUUCCCCCGAAUAAUGGGCAAAGUCUUAAGAGCAAUAUCCAUUCUCUGAUUAAAAUUAUGCAGAUGCCAACAAGGUUAAUAAACUGAAGAUCGUGCAUAUUAUUAGGAAAACAGAGCUUACAUUUCAAGUAAGAACUGAAAAGAUCCCUAAUUGAUGAGUAAUUUCAAAUUUGAUAUUCCUUCUAUCUUGGUGCAAAAGGGUGUGGGGGAGGGAAGAAUUUCAUAAAUAUAUAGUACCUAAAAGAGAAGAGCCUUAAUUACACCAUGGACUACUGGAUAAAAUGAUUACAUUUUCUACACUGUAAAUUCAUACAAUUAAAUGCAGCAGUGUCACCUUAUAAAAUGUUUCAAUUUGAUAAUUAUUUCAGUUCAUUUACUCAGAAAAAAUACAAGCAUGAAUUUACUAAGUAUCUCCCAAAUCUAGUCAUUUUCAUUCUCCGGGACUGACUUGGAAGUUACUUUUGCUUGUCUGAACUUAAAUAGAUCCCUGACAAAUUUAGAUAACUAUUAAAAUUGAUAAUAUUAUGGGUGAUAGCUUACUAAUAGAAAUUAAUUCAAUGCUGUGCUUCUAGGGUUAUUACCUGAUAUUGUAAAACUACAUUUUAAUAUAACAGUUGGGAUGUUUAAGGAAGCUUUUGCAUGGCUCUUAUUAUUUUUUUAAGUACUUAGGGGUGAAAUUCUUGUUUAAUACUGCUUGCUGCGUUAAAGAGAUUGUGAUGUAUAAUGAGACUUGUAUGCAUAAAUGCACAUCAAAGUGUGAUUACAGAUCACAAUUAACCAAGUGGCAAGACAGUGUAGUCUGCAUAUCGCCACUUGGCAAUCUCUAUAUCCCUGCAAGCAGCAGGAGACUAUACCAUUUGCCUGCUUCUUCAGUUGCACAAAGGUGCAGGUGUGUGUUAAAAUUCUUCUAACCACUUCGCAGGAUAGUGCAGAUUAGCCAAUUUAACAGAACAUUAAUGUGCCCAUUAUGGCGGCCUCAUUAUUGACUCCUAAACAAAUAAAUAAGAUGACUUGACAUUUUCUCACUGAUGUGACAACAUGCAAUAUAUACACUCUGUCUAAGUAGAGCCGGUGGAGUAGUGGUUAGAUUGGCAUACUAGGACCUGUGAAACGAGGGUUCAAAUCCCCUCUCAGCCAUGAACCUCAUGGGGUGACCUUGGGACAGGCACUUAAUUUCAACCUUCCCUACCUCAUGGGGUUAUUGUGAGGAUAUAAUGGGGUGGGGAAAGAACAGUUUUGUUUUGUUCAUUUAUUGAAUUUAUACACUGCCCUAUACCCGGAGGUCUCAGGGCGGUUCACAAACAAGAUCACAAUUUAUAAAAUCAGAUUAAAAACAAUAACCCAAUACCCCCCACAAAAGAACCACAAUGUAAGCCACCUUACAUUAGGUGGGAUGCAAUUGCCCAGGCAAAUGCAUUAUGUGACCCAUGAGAGCAGCAAAAUAACCAGACUCUACAACAUUGGCGUGGGUGGCGCUGUGGGUUAAACCACAGAGCCUCUUGGGCUUAACAAUCAGAAGGUCGGCAGUUCGAAUCCCUGCGACGGGGUGAGCUCCCGUUGCUCGGUCCCUGCUCCUGCCAACCUAGCAGUUCAAAAGCACGUCAAAGUGCAAGUAGAUAAAUAGGUACCGCUCCACCGGGAAGGUAAACGGCGUUUCCGUGCACUGCUCUGGUUCGCCAAAAGUGGCUUAGUCAUGCUGGCCACAUGACCCGGAAGCUGUACGCCAGCUCCCUUGGCCAUUAAAGAAAGAUGAGCGCUGCAACCCCAGAGUCGACCACGACUGGACCUAAUGGUCAGGGGGCCCUUUACCUUUACUUUUACAACAUUGAUGAGAUAAAAUCAGACCAAAUCUUUAUUGACAGCAGCAUGCAAGGUAAGGGUUGGCAUGGCAUCGGGUCCCAGGAUCAGUUCCAUCAUUCCACAAGCCCCAUGUUGAUAGAAUGGAUCUGCCAGAUUUGGACAGCCCCAAACCCAUAACUUGGGAGUUGGUCAGUGUUGAACUUUGACAUGGUGCAAGUGAAGCAAGGAAGGUCUCACUGGGUGACCAGGGUGCAGAUUCCAACCAGGCAAAUACCUCAACCCAAGUUUGGGAGUGUCAUGGUCAAUCCUGCCCUCAGGCCACUUAUGCCUCUCCCCCACCCCCUUCUAUGUUGAUUCUACACUCCCUCAUGCAAACAAUGUUCUUCCGCCUAACAAAGGAAGGCCAUAAUUUCAUUGAGGGAAAGAUGGAAAAACCCAGCCAAGUGCCAAUCGAGUUGAGCAAGAAGAGAAUCCUUUCGGGCCCUGUCAACCCGUGACCCAAAAUUGCUCAGUGAAGGCUCUAAGCUGAGGCUAGGCAGGCGAGAAACUCUCAAGGCAAAAUGGGUCUGAACUCCAGGAGAAGCAAGCUUCUACAGUCAUACCUCAGGUUGAAGUAUUUUCGUGUUGCGCACUGUGGUGACCUGGAAGUAAUGGAGUGCGUUACUUCCGGGUUUCGCCACUUGCGCAUGCGCAGACGGUCAAAAUGAUGUCACGCGCAUGCGCAGAAGCGGCGAAUCGCAACCCACAGACGCGGGUUGCGUUCGCUUCUAGAUGCGAACGGGGCUCCAGAGCAGAUCCUGUUUGCAUCCAGAGGUAUCGCUGUAUAGGCUUUCCCCUCCCCUUUGCAAGGGCUCAUGGGACAGCUUUCCCCCCAUGAGCCUAUGGCACAAACAAGAUACUCAUCUGCUUGCGCGCACACAGCACUUCCCUAUAUGCAAAAGUAAGUAACAUGCAGUUCAAUAGGAAUUAUUUCUAGGUAAGUGAGUAUAAGUAAUAAUAAUAAAACAGUAUUGCAGUGGUCUGCUUCCCUUUCAUCCCACCCGUAGCUGCCUACCCAGGCACAAAAGCUAGAUGGUUUUGGCAGAAAUUCCAAAUGCGUAAACUCCCUAAAAUCGCAGGAAACACCUUUUCUUGAAAUCUGCACCUCUCCAAAUUUUGUAAUGCAGCUUUUAAACCAAAACAAAUGUACCAAAAUGCAUCCAUGGGGGGGGGGGGGGAAGAAUGGCAAAAAUGCAUACAUUAGUGAGAAUAACGGGAAAAUGCAAAUUAGGGGAAAUCGCUCACAAAAGAUGUGUAGGCUAAGAGAAACGCACACUAAAAUGUUGAUGAUUUUUUGUGAGGACUUUCGUGGGGAAUUCAAAAUCAAAUGCCAAAAUCUUGCAAACUGAAGAAGAGUGGGGGAAAGAGAAACGAAGAGAGAUCAAAACUGAUUGGUUCAUCCAUUCCUAGUGAGAGAACCAAACAGAUGUGGGUGCAAUCUAGUGCACAUUUCAGCAAAAUUAAGCUAAUUUAACUGUGCCCUGGAUGUCACCCUUAACUGCAAAAGAUGGGGUUAUUUCUUCCUUUUGUGAUAAUCCUUGUCAUCGUAUCAGUCACAGCCCUUAAAAAAAAAAAAAGUUACAGUGGUACCUUGGUUCUCAAACUUAAUCCGUUCCGGAAAUCCAUUCCAAAACCAAAGUGUUCCAAAACCAAGGCACGCUUUCCCAUAGAAAGUAAUGCAAAAUGGAUUAAUCUUUUUCUAGACUUUUAAAAACGAACCCCUAAAAUAACAAUUUAACAUGAAUUUUACAAUCUAACUAGACCAUUGAUCCAUAAAAUGAAAGCAAUAAAUAAUGUACUGCAGUCACACAAACAAUCAAUCAGUAACUGAACUAGGUUCCACACAGUUACAAAAACAAAAAAGAGCUGCAACGCAAAAUAAAUAGCCAAAACAGACAGACCUCAGCGCAACACUCAACAUGGAAGUGUGGCACUCAAAAUGGAAGUGUGGCACUCAAAUCGGAAACGUAACACUCAAAAUGGAGCACGUUUGGCUUCUGAAAAGAGUUUGCAAACCGGAACACUUACCGUAUUUUUCGCUCUAUAAGACGCACCAGACCACAAGACGCACCUAGUUUUUGGAGGAGGAAAACAAGAAAAAAAAUAUUCUGAAUCCCAGAAGCCAGAACAGCAAGAGGGAUCGCUGUGCGGUGAAAGCAGCAAUCCCUCUUGCUGUUCUGGCUUCUGGGAUAGCUGCGCAGCCUGCAUUCACUCCAUAAGACACACACACAUUUCCCCUUACUUUUUAGGAGGGAAAAAGUGAGUCUUAUAGAGCAAAAAAUACAGUACUUCCGGGUUUGCAGUGUUUGGGUUCCAAGUUGUUUGAGUACCAAGGUGUUUGAGAACCAAGGUACCACUGUAAUGGGUCCAUUUAAGCUGCAAAGUAUACUGAAUUUCUGCUCCAUCCCUGCUUGAUCCACAUAAUUGCAGCAUAAUUACUAAUCAGGUUGUGAUCAUUUUAACACACUGAAAUGUUGCUAGUAAAACAUUCCUUUAAAUGCAUAUUACUAUUUGUAAAAGUUUGAGAGGGUUUUUCGCUUUAAAGAGAUGAUAGAUCUGGAAAUGCAACGAAAGCGCAUUAUGGGUAAGAAAUAUGUGAAAGUAACACAGAACGGAUAGAUUUGGACAUCCCUAAUUUGGAAUAAUUAAGGGGUGUGUGUGCAUGUAUACAUAAUAACACCCACAAGAGGAGCCCAUAUUAAUUUAGUUUCUGGUUGAGUUCGGGAAAGUGUGGGAAGUCUCGCUUUAUCAUGCACUGGAUGGGCAACAAUGUUCAUGGAUUUGUGCCUCCUGUGAAUCUCACUCCUUGCUCUUCUCCUUUUGAAAACAGAUGAAUGUGCCACACUCAUCUUGGCCUGCUUGUUCUGCCAGUUUUGGGACUUUCUGUUCAUGUUGCCCGAUGUCUGUGAAAAUUGGUUGACCAAUGUGUGCUGCCCUUCCCAUAGAUAUUACCAAACCUCAGGCGACGACACAAACAACGGCGACUGCAGCUGUGAUUGUGACAUUGAUUGCAGCAUCCUUGAGUCUUGUCAUGAAACCAGCGAGUGUCUGGAGCUGGCCCUGGAGAUCUCUCAAGUCUGUUAUCACUAA